AUCCUCGUUUUAUAAUAGUUCUAUUCGCCAAAUCAUAGCGAAGCUAUAAGGUAUUAAUUGAUCAUAGAUCAUACACACUGAUCUCGAGUGCUGGCAUCAUGGCAGCCGACCAGCACAUCCUUAACUACUUUACCGCCAUGGAUAACCAGGGCGGUAUUAUUGUUAGAGAUGCUCCUAAGUUAGACCUUGAUCUAUACAUUUCUAAUUACAAAGGCCGUACCCGUUUCGAGCGACUAUUGCUAAUCGGACAAUGUUCCGUUCCUCUAUGCGUCGACGCCCUCAAAGCCGCCGUAGCCGAAGCCAAGCGUGGAAAAGAUGUCCAGCGAUACCGUGAUGCCUUUGAAUGUAUUCGUGUCGCCGCACCUGAUGAGCCUGAGGCUAAAUGGGACGAAGCCUGGGUCACAGCAACAGAGAAAGCCAACAAGACAGAAACUCAUCGGCUUGAAUCCGAGCUUAAGGGGUAUAAAAACAAUUUGGUCAAAGAGAGUAUUAGGAUUGGCCACCGUGACCUUGGUGAACACCUAGAGUCUAUUGGUGAUCUAAACGGAGCCUCCGAAACGUAUAUCAAGAUGCGACCAGAUGCCAGUACCCAGUCCCAUAUCCAAGACGUAGGCAAGCAUAUCAUUAGUAUAUUGCUACAGAAGCGAGACUGGGCUGCAGUGUUGGCAAAUGCAAAUAAGGUUCUAGCCGUAAGCCCAGGGAGCGGCGAGCAGAAUCCUGAGCAGCCCUAUCAGAAGAUGAUUUAUGGUCUAGCUCAACUUGGGGAAGGCCGGUACUAUGAAGCUGCUAAGAGCUUCCUUGAAGCUGGUGACCCCGCCGGCUGUCAGGCACAUAACGACGUUGCCAGCCCAAAUGACGUCGCGACAUACGGUGGGCUUCUUGCGCUCGCUUCGAUGGAUCGACAAGAGCUACAGGCCCGAGUUCUAGAUAACGCCAGCUUUAGGAAUUUCCUGGAGCUAGAACCGCACAUCCGUAAGGCGGUUAGCUUGUUUGUUAACGGACGAUAUUCGGCUUGUCUGGGAAUACUCGAAUCAUACCGAAACGAUUACCUUCUCGAUAUCUAUCUUCAGGCGCACGUUCCUGCCAUCUUCUCCCAGAUUCGCAGCAAAUGCAUCAUCCAAUACUUCGUACCAUUCUCGUGUGUCACCCUAGACAGCUUGAAUACAGCAUUUGCCAAACCUGGGGAAUCUAUCGAGCCGGAACUCGUCAGCAUGAUUAGAACGGGUGCUCUAAAUGCCCGCAUAAAUACCAUCGACAGGCUCCUUGUUGCCACUUCAACCAACUCCCGAGCAGUUAUGCAGAAGAAAGCUCUGGACUCGGCCAAGAAUUAUGAGAAGGAAGUCCUGGAGAGAAUUCGUCGCAUGAACAUCGCAGCGGCUGACUUAGAGGUUAAGAACAUUAAGAAGAUUGUUGGCGGAGGAGCCGGCAAUGUCCCCGGCGUAGGCGACGUCUGGAUGGACGAGAAUAGAAAACAGCCGACAUCCGGCGACGUAUUAUUUUAAGUGGGAUCACUUUGCUGGAAAUAAGACAACAACGCUUUACUAUAUGAGAGCUAAUCCGAAUUAUUCCAGGCAUUGGAUCCCACGAUUAGAAUGUGAAUGAAGUACCUAUUUGGGACUUAGAUAAAAUAAGGAGAUGGAUUAAGAGGUAGUCAGGAACAAGCCUGGUUGUUACUGCGGAAAAGCAGCCAUAUACAUAGGCACACGGAGCAUA